UCUCUCUCUCUCUCCUGAUAUAUCCUUGUCUAUAUAAACACUUGUGUAGACAUAUAUACUAUAUACAUACAUUUAUUUACGUGCAUAGUUCUUUACAAUAAUACCGAGGAAUUAAGAUGAAAAGUGUUUUGAUGAGAAGGGCAUUAUCGGAAUCCAGACAUUUUCGGAGCUGCGGGCGAUCGUAUUCCCGGAGCGCCGAUGCAUGCGCCGCUGCCGCAGACGACUCCGCCAACACACUCCCUAAAAUGCCAGCGUUCCGCUACACCCCUCCGCCGUACACCGGUCCCUCCGCCGCUGAUAUAUCGGCCAAGCGCAAAGAAUUCCUCAGCCCUUCUAUGUUUCACUUCUACAACAAACCCGUAAACGUGGUUCAUGGGAAGAUGCAGUAUUUGUUCGACGAAAACGGAAGACGAUACCUAGAUGCUUUCGGGGGUAUAGCCACCGUGUGCUGUGGCCAUUGCCACCCGGAUGUAGUCAAAGCCAUAGUCAAACAGACACAAAAUCUACAACACUCUACUAUUCUUUAUCUCAAUCAUGCAAUCACUGAUUUCGCCGAGGCUUUAGCUUCUAAACUACCCGGUGAUCUUAAGGUUGUAUUCUUUACGAAUUCCGGAACAGAGGCGAACGAGUUAGCAAUGAUGAUGGCUCGUUUAUAUACGGGAUCUCAUGAUAUUAUAUCCCUUAGAAAUGCUUAUCAUGGAAAUGCAGCCGCUACUAUGGGGGCAACUGCACAAUCUAAUUGGAAAUACAAUGUCAUUCAGAGUGGUGUUCAUCAUGCCAUAAAUCCGGACCCGUAUAGGGGUCUGUUUGGUUCGGACGGUGAAAAGUACGCUCACGAUGUCGAAGAUUUAAUUCAAUUCGGAACUUCUGGUCAUGUUGCUGCUUUUAUAUCUGAAGCAAUACAGGGUGUUGGUGGAAUAGUUGAGCUAGCUCCGGGUUAUUUGCCAGCUGUAUAUAGCAGCAUCAGAAAGGCAGGAGGCCUUUGUAUAGCGGACGAGGUUCAAUCUGGAUUCGCUCGAACCGGGUCCCACUUUUGGGGGUUCGAAACUCAACAUGUUGUCCCUGAUAUUGUUACAAUGGCAAAGGGGAUUGGAAACGGGAUUCCACUCGGUGCAGUAGUGACUACACCGAAAGUUGCCGAGGUUUUGACUCGAAGAAGCUACUUCAAUACUUUUGGAGGAAAUCCCGUUUGUACUGCAGCUGGACUUGCUGUGCUUCAAGUUAUCGAGAGAGAGAAUCUUCAAGAAAACGCUAAUAUAGUCGGUUCUUAUCUCAAACAACGCCUCAUUUCUCUCAAAGACAAGCAUGAAAUUAUCGGUGAUGUGAGAGGACGAGGAUUAAUGCUCGGCGUGGAACUAGUCACCGAUCGCCAGCUCAAAACUCCUGCAAAGGCUGAAAUUCUUCAAGUCAUGGAGCAAAUGAAAGAUAUGGGAGUACUGAUUGGGAAAGGAGGAUUCUAUGGAAAUGUUUUCAGAAUCACGCCUCCACUCUGCUUCAAUCGAGAGGAUGCCGAUUAUCUGGUGGAUGUGAUGGAUUAUGCAAUGUCCAAAUUAUGAAGUUGCCAUCACAGCAUUUCUUUGAAGAUCACUUAGCAUUAUUACAUCUUCAAAUGUUCAUAUAACUGUGGAACAAAUAUAUAUGUGUCAAGUUCCAUCUUAUAUAAAUAUAUAUAUGUAUGUAUGUAUGUAUCUUAAUUCUUAGCUACAAAUCUUGAAAUUAUUGUGAAAUGUAUAGCCCCUAUUUCAAUGUACUGAUCUUUACAUUCAAGAAAACAACCUUUUUCGAGUCUUUUUAAAUGGACUAUAAUGCCCCUACAAGACCUGUAAAAUUUUCAAGUUCAUC